AUGGGUGCUAUCUGUUGCACAGAAUAAUUUGAGAGAGGAGGGGAAUUAGAUAUUAAAAUAAGUAAAUUAGAAGCAAAUAAUUAAUAAAUGGGAAACGAAACUGUUACUAUUUCAAAGGAAUUAUAUGAUAGUAAGGAUAAAACAUAAGGAUAAUUGGAAAUAUGUUAUUCAUGCCAAGUGUUGAAAAUUCAAUGCGAAUGCAAAUCAAUAUAAAAAUUACAUGGAGACAUGGAUGAAGAAGAAAUAUUUGUACAUUCAUCUCGAUCUUUGGAUAGUUCAUCCUCUGAAUCACGUCCUGAUGAUACAAACACUAAAAAAACCAUUUUAAAACAUCAAUUACAUUAUAUUUCAAAUACAUAAUAAUAGCAAAUUCAAAUAAAAAAGAAGGUUAGAUUCGAUUUAUCUAAGAAAUAAUGA